CGAUCGUGUAGAAGCGCGACAUUUUCUAUAACAACAGUGAGUGGUUUACGGCACCUGCCCUCGUUGCGCUUGUGGGAGAGGAAGGUGGACGUUAUGAAAGCUUACUUUGUGGACUCUUUCUUUUAGCAAGUCUCAUCCCCACAGUAACCGCUGCUAUCAUCCGGGUUGCCUUGAGGAUGGAUCCAGUGGUACUGAGCUACCAGGACAGUCUCCUGCGGCGCUCAGAUGUGGCGCUUUUAAACGGACCCCACUGGCUCAACGAUCAGGUCAUAGGUUUCGCCUUCGAAUACUUUGCAGCAGAACGCUUCAGAAGUUUGGGCGAGAAGGUCUGCUUCAUCAGCCCUGAAGUCGCUCAGUUUAUAAAGUACGCUUCGUGUCAAGAGGAACUCGCCAUUUUCCUGGAGCCCUUGAGUCUUGCAUCUCGUCGAUGUGUUUUUUUGGCUGUCAAUGACAACUCUAACCAAACGGCCGGUGGCUCCCAUUGGAGCCUGCUUCUGUAUCAGCGAGACGCCAACCAGUUUUCCCACUACGACUCCCAGAGUGGAAGCAAUUCAUUGCAUGCCCGGCGUAUUGCAGCCAAGUUGGAGGCUUUUCUAGGCACUGGAGCGAAAGUGCCCUUUGUGGAGGAGCAAAGCCCCUCGCAGCAGAACAGCUAUGACUGUGGCAUGUAUGUGAUCUGUAAUGCUGAGGCUCUAUGCGAUAGUGCUAGAGUCGAGGGCUGUCCCCAUUUGCCCGCUCAGAUCAUUACACCCACUUACAUUACACGGAAACGGACAGAAUGGUGUUCUUUGAUACAGAGACUCGCCAAGGAAUGACUAGCUGACCUCUUACAUUGUGAAAUGGCACCGCAUGGACCGUAUUAGCCAAUGGGCGAAGUGAACACACUUAUUUAUCAUACUCGAUCCUGCACAAAGGACGCACAAAAAAAAAACUGCACUUGAAAACAGCAUGCACUUCUCAAAAAUAGUUAGCCACACUCUUAAAUGAAUAGUUCACCUACAAAAAUGCCAUGAUCACUUUACUCUAAAUCUACACGUAGCUUUUUUUGCAUACAAUGAAAGUGAAUUUGGACUGCUCUGUAAAGCUCCAGUCGUUACAAAAAAAGUACAAUUAAAGGGAUGGUUCACUAAAGAUUAUAAAUUGCUGAAAAUGUAUUCACCCCAGGCCAUCAGAUGAAUUUUUGUCUUCAUCUGAACUCAUUUAAGUUCCGUCAGAGUCCAAACAACUGGUUAAAAACUUUUCAAUAAUCCACAUGACUUCAGUCCAUCAAGUAAUGUCUUGUGACAUAUCUGUAAAAAAAAAAAAAAAGCUUUUCAAUUUUAAACCUUCUGAACAAAAUACCAGUUCAUAAUCAAUAAGAAAACGCCCUGUUGCCCUCUCACUCAUAGAUGUAUUUGUUUCAAGCUUUUGUUUCAGAUGAGACAUUGGAUAAACCUGCAUUAUGGAUAGAGGAAUUGUAUUUUAGCUGGAAGCUUUGGUUAAGUUCAAAGCAUCGUGAUGGAUUCGUUUCUUACGAGCUUUUUGUUUUAUGUAGGACCUUAAUUGAUGAAUUGUAGAGUUGAUGAUUACUUCCAGUUAUUUGAACGAUCAUUCUGACGGCACCCAUUCACUGCGUAGUAUCCAUUGUUGAACAAGUAAUGUAAGUUACUCCAACAAAGGAGUACAACUUGGAUGACUUUCAAAUUUUCAGCGAAUCAUCUUUCUUGAGUACACUAUUCAUUGAACUAUCAAAAAAAGCAGUGAAUCAUGCACCGUAUUCCUAUUUAUCUCAGUUUAGCUCUUAAAUAUGUGUUGGCAUAUAUUUGCAUAUGGCAUGAGAAAACGCAUUAUGCCAGAUUUGAUGUUAUCGUUGCCAAAAUUGACUGGUUAUUAUGAUGUUCAUCGUAACCAGUGGUUAUGAAGAGAAGUAUUGCUAAGUUGUUCUUUUCCUCACACAGAUCCAUCAUAUGGCUUGAAAUCUUAUAGUCUACGUAUAUAAUGAGUACAUGUUUCUUUUUUUUUUUUUAACUUGGCAGCCUCUGUUCUCAUUCACUUGCACCGUAUAAAAUAAGCUGUGCCAACAUUCUGCGAAACAUCUUCUGUUAUAGAAAUGCAAGGGUGAGUAAAUCCUAAUUCAUUGUUUCUUUCUUUUCUAUUCUUUUUUUUAAGAAUAUCUCUCUUUCAUGUAUUCAAAGGAGCAAAGAAACUCGUGAUCAGUGUAACGAAUCAGUUAGCAGCACAAGUCGGUACAGUAGAUUCAGAAUGUAUUGUUGCCUAUUAGUUUAGAUUAGUAGCAUGAAGUGCGUAAAUGAAUGUGAUGCUUGUUUACAGGACCUUUUGCUCAGGGCUUAUUUCGAGAAGAUUACAGAUGAAUGUGAUCUGCGUUAUUACCGUCUAAGGAAAAUGUAGUACGUGCCGUUACGACACACGGGCCGAACAAAAAUACAGUAGAGUAGUUUUUAUUUAACCAAGUGCAUCCUCUCGCCGAGCUGAAAAGAUGUUUCGUAACCUCACACCAGCAAGUGCAUGAUUGUGUGACAAUAUAUUCUUCAGCUGUAUAUACUAGUUUUCUUACAACUGAAUGAAACCGAUAAGAAUGAGCAUAUUAUAUAUCAUCCCAAUAAAAAAAAAAAAAAAGCUGCAUGCAGGGAACUCGUGUCUAUUGCAAUGCAGUUCUCUUUACUAUACAAGUAAUACUGACCUCAAUUAAACUAUAGGUUCUUUGUUCUAGGGAGGCCUUACAUCUCAUCUCCCAGCAGAAUUUAAUACAUUUUCAUGUCUUGUUAUUAAAGAAUGUAAUUGUGUUGUUUCAUUGUUUAGUUUUUUUUUUUUUUGUGAAAUAUAUAUUUGCGUAAAUCAUGAAUGCGCUGAUCCGAAGCAAGGCCAGACUGUGUUCGCGUACAUGCAGCGACUUGGAACGGUAUUUAAGUGCUAAAUAAGAAAUGUUCAUGUUUUAAUGACUAAAUCAUUUGUCAGAUUGUUUUAAUGUUGCAUUAAGAAAAAUGAUCUUUAAUGAAAAUAAAAAUUGGGCUGAGCCAGA